CCGCCCAGCCACCAGCGGCGGCGCCGCUGCCUUAGCUGCUGCCGCUGCUGUUCCCCGUGCGGACGCUGCGGCUGGCGUGCUGGGGCUGCGGGACUGCGGGGCUGCGGGCCCGGAGCGGGGCUCGGCGGCCCAGGCCGGCCAGGGGACGCCGGCGCCGAACGACACACCAGCAUGAGACGGAGAUUAAUGUGACAGAAUCGGGUGGAUCAACAGCCAUCCCAUUGCCCCCUUUGUUGGGGGUGCUGAGAGUGGGGAAGCAUGGAGGACAGUAAGAAUGAGACAAUGAAUCGCGCUCACAUCCUCUUUGACCGGUUUGUGCAGGCCACCACCUGCAAGGGAACCCUUAAGGCCUUCCAAGAGCUAUGUGACCACCUAGAACUGAAGCCUAAGGACUACCGCUCCUUUUAUCACAAGCUCAAGUCCAAGCUUAACUACUGGAAAGCCAAAGCCCUGUGGGCAAAGUUGGACAAGCGGGGCAGCCACAAAGACUACAAAAAGGGAAAAGCAUGCACUAACACCAAGUGUCUCAUCAUUGGAGCUGGCCCCUGUGGUCUCCGUACAGCCAUUGACUUAUCCUUAUUGGGAGCUAAAGUGGUUGUUAUUGAGAAACGAGAUGCCUUCUCCCGCAACAAUGUCUUGCAUCUCUGGCCAUUCACCAUACAUGAUCUACGAGGUCUGGGUGCCAAGAAGUUCUAUGGCAAGUUCUGUGCUGGAGCUAUUGACCAUAUCAGUAUCCGUCAGCUUCAGCUAAUACUUUUGAAAGUAGCCUUGAUCCUAGGCAUUGAGAUCCAUGUCAAUGUGGAAUUCCAAGGCCUUGUACAGCCUCCUGAGGACCAAGAAAAUGAACGGAUAGGUUGGCGGGCACUGGUCCACCCCAAAACCCAUCCUGUAUCAGAGUAUGAAUUUGAAGUGAUCAUCGGAGGGGAUGGCCGUAGGAACACCUUGGAAGGAUUUCGCCGGAAAGAAUUUCGUGGCAAAUUGGCAAUUGCCAUUACAGCAAAUUUUAUUAACCGAAAUACAACAGCAGAAGCCAAAGUGGAAGAGAUCAGUGGUGUGGCUUUUAUUUUCAACCAAAAGUUUUUCCAGGAACUGAGAGAAGCCACAGGUAUCGACUUGGAGAAUAUUGUCUACUACAAAGAUGAUACACAUUAUUUUGUUAUGACAGCCAAAAAGCAGAGUUUGCUAGACAAAGGGGUGAUACUGCAUGACUAUGCCGACACAGAGCUCUUGCUUUCCCGGGAGAACGUGGACCAAGAGGCUCUGCUGAACUAUGCCAGGGAGGCAGCAGACUUCUCCACUCAGCAGCAGCUGCCGUCUCUGGAUUUUGCCAUCAAUCACUAUGGGCAGCCUGACGUGGCCAUGUUCGACUUCACUUGUAUGUACGCCUCUGAGAAUGCUGCCUUGGUGCGGGAGCAGAAUGGACACCAGUUGUUAGUGGCUCUGGUUGGGGACAGCCUCCUAGAGCCUUUUUGGCCAAUGGGAACAGGAAUAGCCCGGGGCUUCCUAGCUGCUAUGGACUCUGCCUGGAUGGUACGAAGUUGGUCUCUAGGAACAAGCCCCUUGGAAGUCCUGGCUGAGAGGGAAAGUAUUUAUAGGUUGCUGCCUCAGACCACCCCUGAGAAUGUGAGUAAGAACUUCAGCCAAUACAGCAUAGACCCUGUCACCAGAUAUCCCAAUAUUAACAUCAACUUCCUCCGUCCAAGCCAGGUGCGUCAUUUAUAUGAUACUGGAGAAACAAAAGAUAUUCAUCUGGAAAUGGAGAACCUAGUGAAUUCCCGAACUACCCCAAAGUUGACUCGUAAUGAGUCUGUAGCUCGUUCAAGCAAACUACUGGGUUGGUGCCAAAGGCAGACAGAUGGCUAUGCAGGGGUAAAUGUGACAGAUCUCACUAUGUCCUGGAAAAGUGGACUGGCUCUGUGUGCGAUCAUCCAUAGAUACCGCCCUGAUCUGAUAGAUUUUGACUCUUUGGAUGAGCAAAAUGUGGAGAAGAAUAACCAGCUGGCCUUUGAUAUUGCUGAGAAAGAACUGGGCAUCUCUCCCAUUAUGACAGGCAAAGAAAUGGCCUCAGUGGGGGAGCCUGACAAGCUGACUAUGGUGAUGUACCUGACUCAGUUCUACGAGAUGUUCAAGGACUCACUCCCCUCCAGUGAUGCCUUGGACCUGAAUGCUGAGGAGAAAGCAGUCCUUAUAGCUAGCACCAAAUCUCCCAUCUCCUUCCUAAGCAAACUUGGGCAGACCAUCUCUCGGAAACGUUCUCCCAAGGAUAAAAAGGAAAAGGACUUGGAUGGUGCUGGAAAGAGGAGAAAGACCAGUCAAUCGGAAGAGGUUUUGGGUGUUGGUGUUUAUCAGGAGGAAGCACCCCGGGGCUACAGAGGAGGAAGGCCCACACUGGUGAGCACUCUGACAGACAGGAGGAUGGAUGUGGCCCUUGGCAAUCAGAACAAAGUGAAAUACAUGGCAACCCAGCUGCUGGCCAAAUUUGAAGAGAAUGCACCUCCACAGUCCACUGGCAUGAGGAGACAGCCGACACAAGAGCGUGGGGUCAGCCAGCCGUCCUGCUGCCUACCUGAGCAGGGUCGCCCUGCUCCCACCCCCCAGUGGAAACAGCGACGGGAAAAGGAGUGUUCUCGGACCUGCCCCAAAAAAGUGAUCACACUCUCUCCUCCCCCUUCUCCACCUCCCUGUCGGGCGCCUGGCAGCCAGCAGACGUACAGGGAUCUUGAUGCUGACAGCCGUGGCAAGCAGAGUCCCCACCAUGAGAGGCCAGAGCCUGAACCUUCUCGCCGAUUUUUUGUUGACCAGUGGGAGCUUUCUCUUAGUCUUCGCUCCUCCAACCGCCCCGCCUCUCCCUCCUCUGACUCUCUCCGACAGAAGUAUAUAAAGAUGUACACUGGCGGAGUGAGCUCAUUGGCUGAGCAGAUAGCCAAUCAGCUUCAAAGGAAAGAACAGCCCAAAACCCUUCUAGACAAGAAGGAACUGGGCUCGAUAAAGAAGGAGUUCCCACAGAAUUUAGGAGGCAGCGACACGUGCUACUUCUGUCAGAAGCGGGUCUACGUGAUGGAGAGGCUGAGUGCUGAGGGCAAGUUCUUCCAUCGGAGCUGCUUCAAAUGCGAGUACUGCGCCACUACCCUGCGCCUCUCGGCUUACGCCUAUGACAUCGAGGAUGGUAAAUUCUACUGCAAACCACACUACUGUUAUCGACUCUCCGGCUCCGCACAGAGGAAGAGACCGGCAGUGGCUCCUCUGUCUGGAAAGGAGGCCAGAGAACCCCUGCAGGAUGGCCCCACUGUGGACACAAAUGGACGGGCCAGCGCCAUUGCCAGCCCUGCUGAGAGAACCCCAGGUUCAAGUGUGAAUGGCCUGGAAGAGCCUAGCAUUGCUAAGAGACUCAGGGGUACUCCUGAAAGGAUUGAGCUGGAGAACUACCGCCUGUCUGUGAAACAGGCAGAGGAGCUGGAGGAGGUGCCCGAGGAGACGCAGGCUGAGCACAACCUGAGCAGCGUGCUGGACAAAGGCGCAGAGGAGGACGUGGCCAGCAGCAGUUCUGAGUCCGAGAUGGAGGAAGAGGAGGAGGAGGAAGAGGAGCCUCUGCCCACCUCCGACCUGGGCGGUGUUCCUUGGAAGGAGGCUGUGAGGAUCCAUGCCCUUCUGAAAGGAAAGAGUGAAGAGGAGCUGGAGGCCUCAAAGAGCUACGAGCCUGGGAAUGAAGAGGAGGAAGAGGAAGAGUAUGAGGAGGAGGAAGAGGAGGAAGAGGAAGAAUAUGAGGAGGAAGAGGAAGAGUCUAGUGAAGAAGGGGAGUAUUGCCCCUGGGACAGAGAACUCCUGCAAAGCCAGUGGCUCCAGCAUCUGUCAAAGGAAGAAGAUACGGGUACAUGUAAAGUCGGGAGCCAGAGGCUACAGCAGAUCAUAAAUCCAGCCGACCCCUUGGAGAUCCAGGCUGAUGUGCACUGGACACAUAUUCGAGAGAAAGAGGAGGAGGAGCGAAUGGUACCAACCUCUGAGUCCUCCACUUCUAGAGUGCCUGACCUUCCCUCCAUUCGCCGCGCAGCAGUGCAGGCCUGGCUGGAGACAGUCUCCGGAGUCCCAUUUGAUGAGAAUGACCUGGAGGAAGAUGUGGACUCGGAGCCGGCAGAGAUAGAAGGGGAGGCAGCGGAGAAUGGGGACACAGGGGACACUGGUGCUGAGCUGGAUGAUGAUCAGCACUGGUCUGAUGAUAUCCCAUCAGAUGCCGAAACAGAGCUUCGCAUGCAGCACCAGGCAGCAUUGGAGGCGGAGCUGGAGCUGAGGGUAUCGGAAAAUGAGGAGGAGCAACCUGCCACCACACCAGGGCACCAGGAGAGAGGUCCCGCCCAAGUCACCAGCCCUCCCCGAUCCCCUGAGGAGCAGGCUGGUCUGCUCUCCCCAGGCCACAGCCCUGAGGCAGAGGGGGCCCGAAUCCCACUUGCCUCUGUUGCCACCAAGGUGAAAUUGCCCAAGGAGAGCCUUUUCCCUGAGCCUUUGCUCCCCAAAGAGAAGCCCAAAGAAGAAGUACCCAGUGAUGAGAGAGCUGUGCACUCUCCUAUCCGAUCACAGCCAGUGGCUCUGCCAGAAGCCAGGACACCUACCUCCCCAGUUAGUUCACAGCACCUGUCACCGCUGGCCACCUCUACCCCCACCACUACCCAGCUCCCCAUUUGCUCCCAACCCCAACCUUCCUCUGAGGCCACUGUCCCGUCCCCCACCAAGUCCCCCAUAUGCUUCCAGCCCAUUCCAGCCAAAACACCCAUCCCCCUGGCUCCCCUCCCCUUGAAGACCCAAGGGGACACCAAGGACAGACUGGGCAGCCCUCUUGCUGUGGAUGAAGCCCUGAAGCGGAAUGACCUGGUGGCAGAGUUCUGGAUGAAGAGUGCCGAGAUCCGCCGUAGCCUCGGACUCACACCCGUGGAUCGGAGCAAGGUGUCCGAGUCCAGCUUCCCCUCCCCGGCCUUUAAACCAGUGUCCCUAAAAUCCUAUUCAGUUGAGAAGUCUCCUCAGGGUGAGGGGCUCCAGCUUCUAAAACCUCCACCUAUUCCUAAGAGGCUGGGCCUGCCGAAGUCAGAUGGCGACCAGCCCUCGCUGCCAACCCCCAAGUCCCCAUCUGACAGAGAGCUGAAAAGCUCCCAGGAGGAGAGGAGAGACCUGUCGAGCAGCUCUGGGUUGGGCCUUCACGGGAGCUCCUCCAAUAUGAAGACCUUGGGCAGCCAGAGCUUCAACACCUCUGACUCCACCAUGCUCACUCCUCCUUCAAGCCCACCCCCACCCCCACCCCAGGAUGAGGAGCCCGCAACUCUUCGAAGGAAGCCAUAUCAGAUUUAUGAGCAUAAGGAGACCGAGCCCAAGGCCUCAGUAAUCCCACCCCCACCACCUGCAUCCUUUAUGAGGGCCCCCCGAGAGCCUGCCCAGCCCCCUCGAGAGGAGGUGCGGAAGUCGUUUGUGGAGAGUGUGGAUGAGAUCCCCUUUGCUGAUGACGUGGAGGACACCUAUGAUGACAAGACAGAGGACUCGAGUCUGCAGGAGAAGUUCUUCACACCCCCCUCUUGCUGGUCCCGCACCGAGAGGCCCCUCCAUCCACCCCUAACCAAGGAGAAUGGUAGGUUGCCUACUCUGGAGAGUGGGGUCCAGCCACAGAAGAGGGUCCUGCCCUUAGUCUCUCCAGAAGCCAAGGAGCUGGCUGAGGAGCGCAUGCGAGCCAGGGAGAAGUCUGUGAAGAGCCAGGCGUUGAGAGACGCUAUGGCCAAGCAGCUGAGUAGGAUGAAGGAGAUGGAGAUGGCGGCUGGGACCUCCAGGCCCCCAGGAGGCACCUCCCGCAAAGCCUCCUCAGUUCCCUCCAAGGGCAAAGAACUUGGCCUCGAGUCCCCUAAACGCCCAGUUCUCAAAGGCCCCAGGGAGCCCACCCUGAAGCAUGAAGCCACUAGUGAGGAGGUCCUCUCCCCUCCGUCGGACUCAGGGGGCCCAGAUGGUUCAGUCACCUCAUCCGAGGGCUCCAGUGGGAAGAGCAAGAAGAGAUCGUCACUCUUCUCCCCCCGCAGAAACAAGAAAGAGAAGAAGUCCAAAGGUGAGGGCCGGCCCCCAGAGAAGCCCAGCCCAAACCUCCUGGAGGAAGCAGCCGCCAAACCCAAGUCCUUGUGGAAGUCAGUCUUUUCUGGGUAUAAGAAGGACAAGAAGAAGAAGGGUGAUGACAAGUCCUGUUCCAGCACCCCUUCCAGCGGUGCCACUGUGGACUCUGGCAAGCACAGGAUGUCUCCUGUCGUGAGAACAGAGCUGCAGCUGCGGCGCCAGUUGAGUUUCUCAGAGGAUUCUGACCUCUCCAGUGAUGACAUCCUUGAGAGGUCCUCCCAGAAGUCCAGGCGAGAGCCAAGAACUUACACAGAGGAGGAACUGAACGCCAAGCUGACCCGGCGUGUGCAGAAGGCAGCUAGGAGGCAGGCCAAGCAAGAGGAACUGAAGCGGCUACACCGAGCUCAGAUUAUCCAGCGGCAGCUGGAGCAGGUGGAGGAGAAGCAGAGGCAGCUGGAGGAAAGAGGGGUUGCUGUGGAGAAGGCACUCCGUGGUGAAGCAGUUGAGCCCAGUGGCGGGACUCCACGGCGUAGACCUCUCUCCUUCUGCCCUUGCUGUGUCCAGGAAGGCAUGGGCAAGAAAGAUGACCCCAAGCUGAUGCAGGAGUGGUUCAAGUUGGUGCAAGAGAAAAAUGCCAUGGUGCGCUACGAGUCAGAGCUGAUGAUUUUUGCCCGGGAGCUGGAACUUGAGGACCGGCAGAGCCGACUGCAGCAGGAACUUCGGGAGCGGAUGGCUGUGGAAGAUCACCUGAAAACCGAGGAGGAGUUGUCAGAGGAGAAGAAGAUCUUGAACGAAAUGCUGGAGGUGGUGGAGCAGAGAGAUGCCCUCGUGGCCCUGCUAGAGGAGCAGCGGCUUCGGGAAAAAGAGGAGGACAAAGACCUGGAGGCCGUCAUGCUGUCUAAAGGCUUCAGCCUGAACUGGUCCUGAGUUCUACCCGUGCUCUGGCUGGCUGGUCUGUGGCAUCUGCCUGACCCAAGCUGGGUUCUUCCAAAAACCACCCGGAUGCAAGAUCUGAGAAGACCUGGCACCUCCUGGGAGUUUACACUCAAAUGUCUACGUGCCUCUUGAAAAGUGGGUCAAAUGUCUGUGCUAUGGGGAACCCCAGGCGAGGAUGAUUAUCUGAGGUGGCAGAGCCUCCUUGGAAGAGGCCCACCCUGACUUCCCGCUCCAGAGAGAGAGGAACACAGAGCAUUUGACACGUAACGCAGGAAAAGGAGAACCUGCACACUCCCCAAGGAUGCACGGUGACUGGUGCCCCUUCCACGGGAGGAGGUAAGAGACGGAAGCUGCCCCCUCUCUGGCAGAACCACAGCCGCCAGGGUGUGCCUCCACAGAGCAGAAGGGACGGCCAUCAUCUUCAUGUUCCCUGAAGCACCACCAAAGAAGUGAAGAACACCCUCCAGGAGGCAAGAUGUGAAUCAAAACCUGGGAGGGGGCAGUGGCCAGCAGGUCAGUGCCUACACCGGCAUCACAGGGGGACCUGAAGGCGGGCUGGCUCCCGAAUUCAUUAUGCAAGAAGGAGGACCCAGGAGGGGUCUGCUCCCCGGCACCCCCGCACCACACACUGGACCCCUGGUGGCCAAAUGUCCCAGGCCUCUCUCUGGCUCUGGCCUGAGGCCUGUGGAUUGCUGCAUUCUGCUUUUAAUUCACAACAAUUUUGACACUGGAAAAUACUGACUUUGGGGGACAGGAUGAGGCCUGACAUUUCAAGCCCCCACUUGACAGACAGGCGUUGUCACUGUUCAACGCUUCACGUCGGGGCAGGAGAUUAUCUUUUUCCUUGACGUUUUUCCUGUGUUUGCACAUUGAAAUGAAGCUGACAACCUGGCAAGACGCUCAGCCGCUUUGGACCCUUUUUGUCAAUUAACUUAUUUUUUUAAUACUUGAAAAGAAGUAACUUCAUUUUUAUAUCUUUACUAGAGACACUGAUCACGUGGCACCCGGUGUAGGAGUGAUGGGGGUGUCUGCUGCGUCCUACACAGUCCCAUCCCAAACUGACUGAAUGCUGUUACAGCUGUCUGUUUAUUAGCCUUCUUCAUCGUGUUGCUGACCCAGUUGGCGUUAGGGAGCAGCUGAGACCCUUGUGUGGGUUCUUAGUUGUAGCUCUUCUGUCCCCUCCUGUACUUUGUGUCUGGCACCUUCUCCUUCACCUGGCUCACUCUUACUGUGGUACCAAACUUUUGUGUCUGCACCAUUCAUCUGUCAGGGGUACAUUUCAGCACUGUUUGAGGCCAGGCCAAAAGGCACAGAUGUCACUCACCUCUCUCUAUUGAACCCUGGCUCUGCAGAACCCGUUUGUUUGUUUUUUUUUUUUUUUUCCUCUGCUUUGGUGCCAGGGUUUCACCUCCCACAGCAUAUUUAUUAAAGUUUGGGGGUAAGCCCUUUUCCAAGCUGGCCGAGACAGUGUAUGGUGGGACCCUGUAAUCCAUCUAGCUGAUGAGAAUUCCCCUCAGCCCAGCCUCAGGUCCCACCAGACAGAGAUGCAAGUGUUGUAGCACAUAUUGGAAUUCAGGUUGGUCUCUCACAGUUAACGCCAUCCCAGACCUCCUCUGCACCCAGAUCUCCAUGGGGAGGCAGGGGUAAUGAGCACCAUGUAACCAGCUCCUUGAGCCAAACUGCUCACUUCUCCUAGUUCAACCAGAGACUGGCCUUGUGCAGCUCAUAGAGCCACGGUGUGGGAAAAUCUGGUGGCACAGGGCUUGUCCAGCCACACAAUGACAUGCGGUCCACCCAGGGAAGAUUCCUGUCAGGGCCAGGCCAAUCCGGGAGGGUCCUCCAGCAGAAGACUUCUGGUGGAGAGGGGCCAGUGUAGAGAGAACAGAGGCCUGGCAGCUCUUCAAGGCAGCCUAGAUCAGGUGUCCGUGCUGACUUUGGAACCUCCAGGGGGACCCACACCAUGCCUCAACUUGAACAUUCAUUCUUGGUACAAAGGAGCAAAGAACCUGUCUUAACUCUUCACUUUGUCCGAAGGCUGCCGUCUCUCUCCUGUGGAAAUCCAGAUGUGCUGCUAGCAGCUGUCACAGCUCUGACUUCUUCACUUUCUGUUUUCUGAUGAGACAGAAUCUCCAUUUUUAUGCUUUUCUUAAAAAGGGGAGGGGUGGGUGUUCUAGAUUCUAUCUUUAAACCUCAACCUUCCAGUAAAAUUGGACUUGAGACAGGACCUUCAUCAGGCGGCCUUGUCCCUAAGCUGCUUCACCUCUUGAAUGCCACCUUAAAUAGCCAAGCCCCAGGAGAGCUGUGCCUGCAUCCCUUGUGGCUCCUGCUAAUUCCAGAACAAGGAAGCAGUUUACGAAGUGGCUGGUAAGGGAUGCAGCCAUAGCGAUGUGCUGUAAGUAGCUUAAUGUAGCAGGAGCACCAGAUGUUACCGUCUGCCCUUGCUGCCGGCCAGUACUGGUCAGCCUUUUAACACUCUGCACUCUGCCGAAGCACACUGCUGGUUAAUAGAAGGGAGACUGAAGACUCUGCAGAGAAGCUUCAAAAAUCCACCAGCCUGCAAAAUGUUUGCCAGUUCUCCACUCCCAAUGGUGUUGCGACUUCAGGUUCUAGUAGUGCACCUUUUUUUUUAAAGCUCCCAUUUUAUAACCACUAGUUUGCAGUUUAUUUUAGUACCCUGGUGACAUGCUGCGUGAAAUGUUUUCCAACUCUGGAAAUGCAUGCAGCUCCAGGCAGGUCCCCUUCCUGACAUUUAAGUCCUCUUGAAGGCAGGAGACAGAGAAUAUAUAUACAUCAAUGUGUGUGUAUAUAUAUGUAUGAAAUGCCAGAGUUUGAGCCCAAACACAAGGCCAAUACAGUGGACAACCAGUCCAGUGUCACUAGAGGGAAGGCUGUAGGCACCCCUACUCCUGAGUCUAAGGGACUCCAUGUGGGGUUCUAACCCUGCUCAGGUGAUAUAUUUGGGCCUUUGCCCUCAAACUAUCCUCCAGUUGCUUUUGACCAGCAAUGAUAGACUAUCCUUUCAGAAGAAGAAAUUUUUCAGUGGGGCAGGAGGUUUAAAGGAAAAAAAUUGAAAGGUGGUAAUAACUGAGCUGCCAGUUAGGCAGAAGGGGAAUGGGCCAUUUUAUGCGCAAUAAAAGUUCUUAAAAGAAAUACAGAAUAUUUCUUUUUUUUUAAAAAUUUUUUUCAAUGUUUAUUCAUUUUUGAAAGAGAGAGACCGAGCACAAGCACACCACAAGGGGUGGUGUGGAGAGAGAGGGGGACACAGAUUCCAAAGCAGGCUCUAGGCUCUGGGCUGUCAGCACAGAGCCCGAUGCAGGGCUCAAACUCACGAACUGUGAGAUCAUGACCUGAGCUGAAGUCGGAAGCUUAACCGACUGAGCCACCCAGGCGUCCGGAAAUACAGAGUGUUUCUUAGGUAAUUUUACUGGACUUGGCAGUGAGCCAGGAUGCAUUUCCACGUUCCACUACCUGCCUCUCUUAGGGAGAUGCUGUCCAUGCACAUCAUUUAUGUCUGGCAUAUGCAUGGGUGUGUGUACAAGGUUGUUUAAAGAACACAACUUUUUUUGUUUUUUGUUUUUUAGUUUGUGCUUUUUUUUUUUUUAGUCCUUCAUAUUAUCCUGGCUCAGCCCCCAACUGCUAUCAUUUGAGAAAAUUCCUGAAACAAUUUAGUGUGAAAAGAAGCUAUUCUUCAAGUCCAAGUGAUCCUGUGGUCCUGGCAGCCUUCUUUGCCAGCACUGCUUCUGUGCCUGCCUCACCUCUGUCCUUUGAUACAGCUAACCGGGAAGCCCAGUGGCAUGGGGUCUGCGGCCUCCAGGUCUAAAUUGUUUAGAUGUGUCAGUGUCCCCAUCUACAUUCAGCAUAGGGUCUUGGAGAGAUGAUGUCACCCAUCUUUAGACUGGAACCAUCCCCAAAGGAUUGAAGGCAAUAAUCCUGGUGAACUCUUCUCUCUUCACUACAAGAAGCCUCUUGGGUUAGUCUCCAGAUGGAGACACAUUCCAGCUCUUUUCCCCUUCUCUGGUGUGUUGACGUAUCAGGAGAUAGCUGACUUUGUUGUCACCCAUAGAACUAAUCCCAAAGGCACAAGGCUUCCCUCUGGGGCAGUAACAGACAGCAGGGAAAGAAAAAAUGGCACUAGAUGUGUUGAGGUGAGCCUUGCCCAGCCUAGAGGUCACUGCCAUGGAAGCUGGCUCCUAGAGCCUUUCAGCUUUAUUGCCAGCUAUCCCAGAAAGAAGAAAGGACCCUAUCUUAGGUAGAAAAAAAUAUAACCAGCUUGAGUGAAUAUUCUGUGGCUAUGUAUGACACAUGCUUAUUGGGAAAGGCUGGAGUUUGGUAGUCACCUGUGCUGAUCCCAGUCACCUUUUGUUCCUCAGAGGUCUUGCUUUGAUUAGAGCUGGAAACAAGCAGGAUUUGACCACAGGUCACAGCAGCCCCAGGUGGCAGGAAAUGAUGGCUGCUGUUUUUGGCAGGCAACAGAAAGGAACGCUACAUAAGCCCUAUGUAAGUGCACCUCAGAAACACAUACCCCCUUUCCUUCCAAGAAACUCUGAAGGAAAUGUCUUAUGUCUCUGAAAUCCCUCCUGAACCCUUCUUAGGAAUCAGAGUAAAAAAUGGUAAAUGGAGAGAGUGUUUUGUUUUAUUUUACUUUAUGAGCUGGCCAGUCCCCUUAAGGAGACUCCCUCCUCUGUGUUAUCUGCUCAAAAGAUCCCCUCCCAGCAAUGCUAGUGAAGAGGGUAAGAAACCAUCCUCUCAGGUGGAUUUUGUCCCACUGAAACAUCAGCCCAGGGGGCCAGAGCUGCACCUCAUACACUAAACCAAGGAGCCUGUUAGACCAGGUGCCCAGGGUCACAAAGACCUUUUACACUCCCAUAUGGACCACCUAUUGCUGUCAAACUUCACCAGGUAGCAUUUUGUGACAGCCCCACUCCUUGUGUCCUCUGCCCUGAGGUCUUAUAGGUGGUGCUUAAACAAGGAAGCUGGAGUCCUGGCUUCUGUGGGAGGCCAUGUGUGCUGGCUGCCUCUGCCUGAGAAGCCACCUUAUUACUAAGACAUAUGGAAGAGGAGACUGCGUCCCAUGAUGCAUGCAUAUACAUGUGUGCACACAUGUGCGCACACGCACCUUCUUUUCAUGGUCAGUAUGCCCUUUCUGAACCAGUGUGGACCUCUAGCUCUAAAGUAGGCUGAAUAUAAGCCUUUGGACCCAGGAGGGUCCAACUGAGGGUCCAGGCUAAAGCAGGAUCCAAGUUGAGGAUCUUGUAACAGUAAACAGCUCAGCGCCUGGAGGAUUACAGUUGUAUUGAAUGGUCUCCCACGUAGGCAGCUGGAGCACCCCCAGAUCCAGGGGAAGGGUCAUUUAGAGUGCCCAGUACAAGAGUGGGGCUGCCUCAUGCAACUUAUGAAAUGAGAAUAACGUUGCUGGUUUCUGUGUCCACAUGUGAGAGAGUGGUAAGGAAUGUGAGUCGGGCAAGAUUAAGGUUGGCAUUCAGACAUGAAACUCAUUCCUGCCUCUUCUCUGACUUCAGAGGAAGCCUUAGGCCUAUCACUUAACUUGUCAGUGCCUCCCUCCCUGGUAACCAACCCACAGAAUCCAUGGGAGGGCAAAGCAUUGAAGGGUUUGAGAUUCUUCAAUCAGGGCCUUUGUAGAUGAGCAGACAUCUUUCAUGAUGGUAACUAAUGUUCACCUUGAAGAAACCUGAGAAGGACUGAGGGGAAGCAGUCCCAGCACCUCUAGGGUCUGGCUCCCUACUACCCGGGUUCAUCGCAGAUCUAUCUGGUGAGCCAACGGAGUUGUGCAUUUACUCUUAAUUACUUAAAAUGCUGGGCUGAAUCUUCUGUUUCCUCUCAGGAACUUAACUUACUCAUGACAGGUUGAUGUAGAUGGGCAGUGUUUCCAGAACCUUCAGAUGGGUCGCUGCUGGAUGCGUGCCUGAGGCUGGAUGAUGCUGAGCCUGAGUCAGCACUCAGUGCCUUACUAGGAACAAACCAGCACUCUCAGUUCAAGAGGACAACACUCCAGUCUUUUUCCUCCUGCCUCAUUCUACACCCGCCAGCCACCUCCACCUUCAUCUUGAGGCAGCUCCACCAGACCUGCUCUCCCAGCAGUGACUCCAGGGGACAUACCACAGGUCCCUAGUCCUCCAGAGUCAUUACCAAGGAGAAGGGGUUCGUCCAAGUGAAAGCUAGGGUGUAUUAGUGUUAUGGUGCUGAUCAAAAGCCAAAAGAACAAGGGUUCACUCACAUGCACCACAGGCAACUGGCACAGCAAGUGACAAGAAAAAGUGAGUUUCUUGGUGGGGAAGUCUGGAUGAAUAUCCAGCAUCUGGCAAUGUGGCCUUCAGGUUGUCUCCCUAAGAGUUUAAAUGCCAGGUCUUUCCCGUGGGAGAAAAAAACAAGAAGCACCUGACAGCCAACAGCCCUCUUUCCCCAGCUGCAUUUUAUUUAAUUUUUUUUUUUAAUGCUUUUAAAGAAUUAAGUACCAUUUUAAAAAUGUAACCAGGGCCAGACUUACUUGCCAGCCUUCAUAUUGGGACAGAAUACUGUUUCUGGCCCUAGAAUUAACAUUUUAAGUCUUCAUCACAUUGUUCUUAAAAUCACCUGUAAAAAUCCGGUUGGGGAAGCAGAAGGGUGAGGCUGGAAGAUGCUGGCCCUGGGUCAGCACUUGGUGCCUUAUACCAGUUUGGGAACAAACCAGCACUCAGCUCGGUCAGUGGGGGUUCAGGGGGACACCUCAUUCUUUUCCCUGAUGCCUCAUCUACAGCCCAGGGGAUCCAGAAUUGGUAGAGCCUUAACUCCUGAGGGGUGGUCACCCCAGACUGUCUCUUCUGAAUGAAUCACCCCAACAGGCCUUGGCCCCUGCUCCUGGAAGAUGCAGAGAGCGGUCCCAGGACACCCACCAAGUUCUCCUAUGGGAAGAUAUUUGGAAGAAGCAUCAAGGUCAGACGAGUUUUCUGAAACACCGUGCCUGAGGAGAGUAGGUAGAGGGUAUGCCUGCCAUGCUGACCGCAGUGGUUGACAAUAAAUGUAAAAUAAGUUCAUGCCUAUGUAUGUGAAGAGCCCCGCCGACCCUGUUCAUGACUUUUAGAGUCAUUAGUGGGAAGGAAAGAGGGAAACAAGUAGAAAGUAACUUUUCAGUUUGGUGUAGCAGGGUCCACACUGAACCUCUGGCUGUUUGCACUCCUGUUGUGGGCAUCAACCAAAAUAAAAUCGGUCAUUAUUUUUUU